AUUAAAAGAUGUCUAAGCCCUAACAGUAAAUAAUUUUGCAUGGAAAUAGAGCCUUCUCAGAAAUAUUUACGUGGAAUUACUGCUUUGUUUUCGUUCGGUUUGGCGGGAAUUUGCAUUUAUUGGGAAAUGGCCUGCACAAAACUGAAUGUGUAUUAUAUACCAACUUACACAGCAAUCUCCGUUUUUAUUUUGAUAGGUCUUUAUUAUAUUCUGAGCGGUGAAGGCCAUAGAUUCGAUAUAGGAUGGGUUUUAUCUGAAACAUCACCCUACCUAUGGGCUGCAAUGGGUAUUGGUUUGGCUAUCUCUCUUUCAGUGGUUGGAGCAGCUUGGGGCAUUUAUAUAACAGGCUCUAGUAUUCUAGGAGCAGCUGUCAAAGCACCUCGUAUUCGUACAAAAAAUUUGGUCAGCAUUAUUUUCUGUGAAGCUGUUGCAAUUUAUGGGAUUAUUACAGCUAUUAUUAUGCUGAGUCAAGUUGGGUCUUACAAUCCUGCGGGUGCAAGUGAAGCCGUUAUUCGUCAAGCACAUCGUGCAGGCUAUGCAAUGUUUGCGGCUGGAUUAACUGUUGGUUUUUGUAAUCUUAUCUGUGGUAUAUGUGUCGGUAUGGUUGGUUCUGGUGCGGCUUUAGCAGAUGCUGCAAAUUCUGCAUUAUUUGUUAAAAUACUUGUAGUGGAGAUUUUCGGUAGCGCAAUUGGAUUAUUUGGAAUAAUUGUAGCUAUUCUUCAAAUUUCUGGCAAGAAAAUUUCUGAUAAAGGUUGAAAAGUACUUAAGACUGGGGAUGAAACAAAUACUCUGUUCAGUUUCACUUUACUACUUUCUAUACCUUAGUUUUUCUCAUGAUACUCUCUCUCCCCACAUGUGUUACCAUUUCUCUUAAAAUUUAAGUUUUACGUAUCAGCUGUGUUCGUAAACUCUCUCCCCUUUCUCUCCUUCUCUCUCUCUCUCUUUCCACCACUGUUCUAUUUCAUUUAUUCGAAAAUUUCCGUCUAUUAUGGUUAGUUGAAAUGAAAAACUGAUUCAUUUUCAACUCAGUAAAUAGUGUUUAUUACUUAUGUCAUAUUUAUGAUCAAAAUAUCAAUUUGUAUUUUUCAUUUCUCUUAUCAUUUGAUAUAAACCUAUUAUAAUUCAAUGCAUAAUAUUUGAUAUCAUUAUUGUUCUGAUUAACCAAACGUGAUAAUGAUGUGUUUUACUCUAAUACGCUAUUAUGCUAUUCACAUUCCUUUCAUUGUGUGUGCGUGUGUAUUGAUUAAAUAAAUAUAUAUUUCUUAGU